GAGGCGCAGCGACGGCAACGACGCGGUCGGUGCUCGCGAAACUGGCUCUUGUGCCUCCGCCGUCUGGAGCCGCGGCAGGGAACUUAAUUCUGUCGCGGGUCUCUCCGCUUCCCUCCGCAAAAUUCCGUCGAAGCCACCGCGGGGACUGGUACGGGGCAGGACCGCGUACACUCGGCGGCCAGCGUGGUGUCCCUCCGCCGUCCGCCGCGGACUCCUUUUCGUGUCCUUCCACCGGGCCCGGGCGGUGUCCGGGUGGCUCACCGGGGGCGACGACGCGUCUGCGGCGCGGCCGGCGAGCCUCCAGGGUUAUGAAGUGAGAACGUCCGGGGACCGGAGGUGGCACCGUGCGGCGCGAGGACGCGGGACGCGAAGCCCCAGAGCCAGUGAAUGCCUUUCAGAUCCCGCGGCUGCGCGCGAGGCGGAGGAGAGAACAUUGAAGUUAUUCUCUGAGCUAUUUGAAGAGAGUGACUAAAUGCACCUGGGUCAGGCGGCCUGUGGGUAUGAAGUGGUUGGGAGAAUCCAAGAACAUGGUGGUGAAUGGCAGGAGAAAUGGAGGCAAGUUGUCUAACGACCAUCAGCAGAGUCAAUCAAAAUUACAGCACGCGGGCAAGGACACGCUGAAGACUGGCAGAAACACAGUCGAGAGGAGGUCAAACAGAUGUAAUGGUAAUUCAGGAUUUGAAGGACAGAGUCGCUAUGUACCAUCUUCUGGAAUGUCCGCUAAGGAACUCUGUGAAAAUGAUGACUUAGCAACCAGUUUGGUUCUUGAUCCCUAUUUAGGUUUUCAAACACACAAAAUGAAUACAAGCGCCUUUCCUUCGAGGAGCUCCAGGCAUUUUUCAAAAUCUGACAGUUUUUCUCACAACAACCCCGUGAGAUUCCGACCUAUUAAGGGAAGGCAAGAAGAACUGAAGGAAGUAAUUGAGCGCUUUAAGAAAGAUGAACACUUAGAAAAAGCCUUCAAAUGCUUGACGUCAGGUGAAUGGGCACGGCACUAUUUCCUCAACAAGAACAAAAUGCAGGAGAAAUUGUUCAAGGAACACGUAUUUAUUUACUUGCGAAUGUUUGCAACUGACAGCGGAUUUGAGAUACUGCCUUGUAAUAGAUAUUCAUCAGAACAAAAUGGAGCCAAAAUAGUUGCAACAAAAGAGUGGAAACGAAAUGACAAAAUAGAAUUACUGGUGGGUUGUAUUGCCGAACUUUCAGAAAUUGAGGAGAACAUGCUGCUCAGACACGGGGAGAACGACUUCAGCGUCAUGUACUCCACGCGGAAGAACUGCGCUCAGCUCUGGCUCGGCCCUGCCGCCUUCAUAAACCAUGAUUGCAGACCUAACUGUAAGUUUGUGUCAACUGGUCGAGAUACAGCAUGUGUGAAAGCUCUAAGAGAUAUUGAACCUGGAGAAGAAAUUUCUUGUUAUUAUGGAGAUGGGUUUUUUGGAGAAAACAAUGAGUUUUGCGAGUGUUACACUUGUGAAAGACGCGGAACUGGUGCUUUCAAAUCCAGAGUAGGACUGCCUGCGCCUGCUCCUGUUAUCAAUAGCAAAUAUGGACUCAGAGAAACUGAUAAACGCUUAAAUAGGCUUAAAAAGUUAGGUGAUAGCAGCAAAAAUUCAGACAGUCAAUCUGUCAGCUCUAACACUGAUGCAGACACCACUCAGGAAAAAAACAAUGCAACUUCUAAGCGAAAAUCUUCUGUUGGUGUAAAGAAGAGCAAGAGCAGGACAUUGAGCAGGCAGUCCGUGUCGAGAGUCCCUGCUGCCCCCAACGCUACCUCACCUAAGCUAACUCACAUGAACAACUCCAGGGUACCAAAGCAACUGAGAAAGCCGGCGAAGCCUUUACUCUCAAAGAUCAAACUGCGGAAUCACUGCAGGCGGCUGGAGUCGAAGAGUGCUUCAAGGAAACUCGAGAUGGGAAACUUAGUCCUUAAAGAGCCCAAAGUAGUCCUGUACAAGAAUUUGCCCAUCAAGAGAGAGAAGGAGCCAGAGGGAUCAGCCCAGGCUGCAGUGGCGAGUGGGUGCUUGACCAGACACGCGGCACGAGAACACAGGCAGAACCCUGGGCGAGGUGCUCAUUCGCAGGGCGAGGGCGGGGGCGAGGGCCAGGGCGAGUCCUGCACCUACAUAACCAGGCGCUCAGUGAGGACGAGGACGGGCACGGGUGCGGGCACGAGCCCGAGCCUGAAGGAGGCCUCAGACAUCAAGCUUGAACCAAAUGCGGUGGACGGCUGCAAAGGCAGCGGGAGGGACCCUUGCCCAGACAGUGGCGAGCAGCCUGCUGCUGAGUCACAGGAAGAGCUGGCCCACGAGACUGCACAGAAUGGGGGGGCACACUGUCCUAAGAGCGUCCCCAGCAUCGCCAAAAAGAAGUCACGACAAGCAAAACUUGUGAAACAGUUUGCAAAAAUCACGGAGUCCCCUGGAGAAGACGGGGCACUGCCAGAUUUGAUGGAGUCCCAUCCCGACCAGGGCGAGUCCAGCAGCAUAGCCAGGGUGCCUCUGAGCUACGCAGACUGCGCUCCUUCACCUGUCGGUUGUUCCAUUGUUACGUCAGAUGGCUUCAAAGCAAAAGACGGCUUUAGAACUGCAAAAGGUAAAAAGAAAAGGCGGACCACGAGGUACGAUGCACAGUUAAUCCUAGAGAAUAACUCCGGGAUUCCCAAAUUGACUCUUCGCAGGCGUCACGACAGCAGCAGCAAGACAAACGACCAAGAGAAUGAUGGCAUGAAUUCUUCAAAAAUAAGCAUCAAGUUAAGUAAAGACCACGAGAGUGAUAAUAACCUCUAUGUAGCAAAGCUCAACAAUGGCUUUAGUUCAGGAUCAGGCAGCAGUUCUACAAAACUGAAAAUCCAGCUGAAGCGGGAGGAGGAGGGCCGGGGCUCCUAUGCAGAGGGGCUUCAUGAGAACGGGCUGUGCUGCAGCGACCCCCUCUCCCUCCUGGAGUCUCAGAUGGACGUGGAUGACUACAGUCAGUACGAGGGAGAAAGUACAGAGGACCCCUCCUCUUCGGAGGGGGACGGGGAGGGGGAUGGGGGGGAUGACUAUGACGACGACUUCGAAGACGACUUUAUUCCCCUUCCUCCAGCCAAGCGACUGAGGCUGAUAGUGGGCAAAGACUCUAUAGAUAUUGACAUUUCUUCACGGAGGAGAGAGGAUCAGUCUUUGAGGCUUAAUGCAUAAGCUCUUGCUCCCAACUUGGCCUGGGAUAACUACGUAAAUAAAAUCCAGUCAGCUAUUCCUCAACUGAACCUUUUUAGUGGCAGCACUUCUGUCGUCUCUUCACUUAUCAGCAUAAUAUUGUAGAAAGUGUACAGCGUACUGACUCUUCUUAAGUCUGAUUUGUGCAGAUUUUUAUCGUACUUUUUAAAAUAGCCUUCUUAUGUGCAAUUCUGAGUUGAGAGGUAAAGCCCUGUUGUAAAACAAAGGCUCCAGGAAAAUUGUACAGAGAUAGCAACCUUCCACACAGGACGCUGAGACAGUGAUGUGGCUACGCGAUUUUUUAACUUGAGAGCAUCAGCUGGCUCUUUCGUAGGUGACUAGACAGUUAUUUAAGCUAAUCAUAGCAGCAGCAUACUAAGGUUGCGAGUAUACCUAAUAUCACCAGCAGUGACCUUUGGCUUUUGGGUUUAUUUGCUAGAUGUCUCCCCCUGGAGUUUUGUCAGCUUCCCACUGUUUGCUGGCCCAGAUGUACUGCUCGUGGCCUUCCUAACAUAGCAGACCAUUGCUUGGGAGUCAGAUUGGUUUCUUUAAAAAAAAGAAAGAAAACACAAGUACAUGGUGACCGCUCACUCUCAGUACGUCACAUGUGCGAGGGUGGCAGUGCAGGACGAGCUUCCAAACAGCGUAUUUAUUGCUUGUCAUGUAAAUUACAGACCUUGUAUUUAACACUUUUCAAUCCUUUUAGAUAAAAUUGUUCUUUGCAAGGAUGAUUGGUGCUUAUUUUUCAAACUUUGCUGUGAACAAUGUGACGACAACAAGUGACAUUACCUAAUGAACUGCAGCUGUCUUCAUUUGGUUCUCGAGUUUUCUGUUGCACUUGUAAAAUGCUACAAGGAAUAUUAAAAGUCUAUUCACUUUAACUUAUAAUAGUUUAUGAAAUAAAAACACAAGUCACAGCUUUUGUUCUGUGGUAACCUAUAAAAAACGUUUGUCUUUGGAAUUCCAUGUAAAGACUGAAAACAGUGUAUAUGUUGUAAAUAUUUGUGUGUUGUGAGAAAUUUUUGUCAUAAGAAAUUAAAAGAACUUACCAGGAAGGUUUUUAAGUUUAGAAAUAUUCAUGCCAAUAAAAUAGGAAAUUAUAACUAUAUAGUUUUAAGCACUGCGUCAGUGGGAGUUAUUGGCUUAUGUUAGUUUAUUAUGAAAAUAUCAAAGAUUGUUUGAUUAUAUUAUCAGUUAAACAAAAAGAGGAGUCAGAUUUAAUUUGUUUUUUUGAAGCACUUUGAAAAAUUAAUUUUAAGUAACUUAAUGAGCAAAUUUUUGGUUACUACUUUGUGUUCAAUACCAGUCUCGUUUGUUUCUCUGGGUUAUUUUACAAAUCAAAGACCUUGGGAACGGCGGUCUGG